AUGUCCGUCGUUUUAUCGCUCAAAGAGUCCGUUUUGGUCUAUUUAGACAGAGGGGGUGGUCUCAAGAAACUCACCGACGACUGCAAUGCUCUGAACGACCCACAGCGGACCGAGGCGGUCUACAGGUUCAUUAUCAGUGUAAACCCCUCAGAUUUAAUCGAGUUGGACCCUUUGCUGGGUAACUGUGUACUGCACGACCCCCUCAGAGCAACUUUUCUGUUUCAGUCAGUUUGCUUCCUGGCAAUUAAGACACUUUCACUCACAGAAAAAAUACAUACACAGAGUCAGGUGGAUGUCGUGCUGCACUUCACACAUCUGCCCCCUUUUCCCGAGUACACAUUGGACCUUUGUAGUUUUCCUCGUGUGUAUGGCACAAUGAGGCCCGUCUCCAUGCAGGGCUUGGUCAUUGCCAUGACAAGAGUCACAAAGUACACCCGAGGGGCAAGAUAUCUGUGUAUUAAUGACGACUGCCCCUGCUCCACAGGGUUCCAUCACAUCCGAGUCCACGCACCUGGUGCCACUGAAUCAGCCACUAUAAGAAACAACUUCAGCUGCACAAUGUGCAGCUCCCAGCUCAAAGAGGACGUAAAGUUGAGAGUGCUAGGAGUAUUUCACGUGCUCUUUUUGAAAACAGACAAACAGCUGGUCGAACUUGUCCAUGUUAAAGCACUGGAUGUUCUCAGAUGCCGUCAGUAUAGCCCACUGAGAUACCAAUCUGUCACUCUCUUUCUCAGAGAUGAGCUGUGUAACUCGAUGAAACUCGGCCGACCCUACAGGGUGCUAGGCAUUCCUGCACAUGUGCACCAGUGGCCCAGUGUUACCUGGAGUAUUGAGGCAAACGGCGUCCAGCUUUUGGAACCAAAGUGUUCCCAUAAAGUCAGUCCUAGGUUCCUUGAGCUGUUGAACUGCAUGUCUUCCUCUCCCUGGAGGUUCUCCGCCAUAGUAACUCACUGCUUUGGUUUGGAUGUGGCUCCUUCAGGCUUGUACAAUACACUAAAGCUCAGUUUGCUGCUCAGCUUAGUGCAGACUAAAACAGAUGCUAAUGACACAUUUCACAACUUGGAUCUCCUUGUUGUCACAUCAGACUCACUAAUACUUGACAGACUAAUGGCAUACAGUUUGAGUUUGGCGUGUCGUGGGGUCAGGCAUCAGGCCUCAGGAGAAAUGUUUGCUUCUCUGUCUCGUGAUGAACACGGGACAGGUACUGCUAACAUCCAUGCUGGUUCUGCUUUGCUUGCCACUGGUGGCAUUUGUUUGGUGGGAGAUCUCAGUUGUUACAAAAAGGAAAAGUUGGAUUACAUUCAGUCAGUUCUGGAGAGCCACACAGUGUCUGUGUUCAUUCCUGGUAAGAAGUAUGGCGAGGAUGCUGACCAGCAGCUUUCUCUUCCAGUCGAAUGCAGCUUCUGGGCUCUCUCAGAUUCCUCUCAGCGCUCUGGGAGGGCAGACUCUGCUGUCCUGGGAACUGCAGAACUGGGUCCUGUACCACUUCAGCUUGCAGAGGCCUUUGGCCUCAUCAUUCAGUGUGGAGACCGGGUGGGAGAGCAGGCUGUUCUUGCUCAGACCGUCCACACACUUCAGCGUGCAGUACAACCUGAAAAAUACCAGUACUCAUCUUGCUGGGAGUUUUCUACUCAAGAUUAUCAGGAGCUACUAGCACAUGCUCAGGAUUUAGAAGUGGAGCUUACAUCUGAUGCAGAGAAAUUAAUCCAUGGUUACUACAUGGCAAGCCGCAGAGCUCGUGCACAACCUCAAGGUGUCAAAAUGUCGGUGGCCUCCAUAAAACUACUGAUCUCUUUGGCUGAGGCCCACUGCAAGUUGUGUCUCAGAACCAGAGUUUUGGAGGAAGAUGCCGUGAUCGCUGUACUCCUCUGUGAGAACUCUGUCACCCUCAAACAUGGAGCAUCUGCUCUCGCUAUUCCACCUGAUGCAGUGUUCCCGUGUGAUGUUGGACACGUGGAAGGUUUGCAGAGGAGAGAUGCAGCCAUGGAUGAGCUCCACCAGAGUAUCUUACGUUUCAUCUAUGCCUACGCACCAGGAGCAGAUGCAUACAUUAAAGAGGAGAAGGCGUUUCUCAGGGUCUGCACCCGGCUCCUCUCCCGGGCAGCGUUGGCCGCCGCCGGCCGGCCCCUCCCGCUCAGCCCGCCGGACUGCAGCACCUUGGUCCGGUUGAACUCGCGGCGAUGGCCGUCCGGACUGGGGCUGGAGCUCGGACUGGAAGCUGGACUGUCAUCCAUCAGUGCCCCGGAGCAAUUACCGCCGUCCAUUCAGAGCGACUGA